AUGGCACCUCUCCGCACACCGCUGCGGUUUCUUGCCCAAGCACCUCGGCGAUCGUACUCCGGCGCGCCUACACCAUCGGCGAAGCUGAACUUGCCUAUUGACUACAAAACCACUCCUAUCUUGCAUCAUACAUCUUCUUCCUUGUCAAAUACGCCAGAACUUCCAGCUGCAGCUACCACUAAGCGACUAAAUUUCUUUCAAGCCAUCAAUUCUGCGUUACGAACCGCCUUGUCUACCUCCGACAAAGUACUUCUCUUUGGCGAGGAUGUUGCCUUCGGUGGUGUCUUUCGAUGCUCCAUGGACCUCCAAACAGAUUUUGGAUCAGAUCGUGUUUUCAAUACACCCUUGACAGAACAAGGUAUUGCGGGCUUUGCCAUUGGAGCAGCCGCGGAAGGGAUGAAGCCGGUAGCAGAAAUCCAAUUUGCGGAUUAUGUCUUCCCAGCAUUCGACCAAAUUGUCAACGAAGCAGCUAAGUUCAGAUAUCGUGAAGGUGGAACAGGGAUCAAUGUUGGUGGACUGGUGAUUCGUAUGCCAUGUGGCGCGGUUGGACACGGUGCCCUGUACCAUUCACAAUCUCCCGAAUCCCUAUUUGCACAUGUUCCUGGUGUUAGAGUAGUCAUGCCACGAUCUCCCUCGCAGGCAAAGGGCCUCCUCUUGGCCUCCAUCUUCGAACAUAACGAUCCGGUGAUUUUCAUGGAGCCUAAGAUUCUCUACCGCGCAGCCGUGGAACAUGUUCCUAACGAAUAUUACACCAUCCCACUAAGCAAAGCUGAAGUUAUAAAACCCGGCAAUGAUUUGACCAUCAUAUCUUAUGGGCAGCCUUUGUACAUGUGCUCUUCUGCCAUCUCGGCCAUCGAGAAGACCAUGCCGGGUGUCAGUGUGGAGCUUAUUGAUUUACGUACCAUUUAUCCUUGGGAUCGUCAAACAGUUUUGAAGAGUGUACGAAAGACUGGAAGAUCGAUUGUUGUUCAUGAAAGCAUGAUCAAUUAUGGUGUGGGUGCGGAGGUCGCAUCCACCAUCCAGGAAGGUGCAUUCCUGCGUCUAGAGGCCCCUGUCAAGCGUGUUGCGGGCUGGAGUACGCAUACCGGUUUGAGCUACGAGCAAUUCAUUCUGCCUGAUGUUGCAAGAAUCUAUGACGCUAUAAAACAGACUCUUGAAUACUGA